GGAUCGAGAUGUGGCAGGCUGGCCGGUGGGCGCCCCUGUUCCUGUGCCUGUUGCAGAGCGCCCCAGGAAGGCCCUGUCUAGCCCCACCCAGAAAUGUGACACUGCUCUCCCAGAACUUCACUGUAUACCUGACGUGGCUCCCAGGGCUUGGUAGCCCCCCAGACGUGACCUAUUCCGUGACUUACCAAGGCUAUCCCAACCCCCGCCGUUGGCGAAAAGUGGAGCAGUGUGCGGGCAUCAAGGCUCGGGUGUGUCCCCUGAUGUGCCUGAAGAAACAGGAUCUGUACAACAAGUUCAAAGGGCGAGUGCAGGCGGUGUCUGCAUGUGGCAGGUCCCGACAGGUGGAGUCCAAGUACCUGGCGUACCUUUUUGAAGUGGAGCUAGCCCCUCCCACCCUUGAGCUCACCCAGAUGGAGAAGAUGCUAAGGGUCAACGCCACCUACCAGCUGCCUCCUUGCAUGCCUUCCUCGAUGGAACUGAAGUACGAGGUGAAAUUCUGGAAGGAGGGCGUGGGAAACAAGACCCUGUUUCCUGCCACUCCACACGGCCAGCCAGUGCUCAUCCCUCUCCAGCAAGGUGCUAGCGGGCGCCACUGCCUCAGCGCCCGGACAGUCUAUACCUUCACUGCCCCCAAGUACAGCCUCUUCUCUGAGUCCAGCUGCAUCUUCCUAAAGGCCCCAGGGGCCAGCUGGCCUGUCCUGGCACUGCCCUUACUCUUGCCUCUGCUGGUAGCAGCUGCCACAGCAGGUGUGGUCUGGAAGAGACUGGAAGGGAACCCCUGGUUUCAGUGGGUGAAGAUGCCUCAAGCACUGGACUUUUCUGAAUACAGACACCCAAUGGCAGCCUUUCAGCCCAGCGGACCUGAGGUCCCAGAUGACUUAACCAUCUAUCCCCAAAAGGAACUGACCAUAAGGAUCAGACCAGUUCCUCGAAUCCGGGACCCUGCCACACUACAGACAGGAUCAGAAAAGGACAGCACCGAGGAUGAAGAUGAGGAUGCCGACGACAGCGACAGCGUCCAGCCCUACCUGGAACAGCCCCUCUUCCUGAAGGAGCAGUUCCAGGUUAUGGGGCACUCGGAGGCAGAUGAAUCUGGGGUGGAUUCAGGGGGGCCCUGGACAACCCCAGUUGGGAGCAAAGGCUCCUCUGCCUCGGACUCCUCAGGCAGGAGCUGGCCCAGCACUGUGGACUCCUUGCUUAAAGAUGAAGCUGGGUCUUCCGGCAGUUUGGACAAGGAAGAGCCAGAGCAGGAGCCUAGUGGGGAUGGACACCAGGAGGCUCUCCCAUGCCUGGAAUUUUCUGAGGACUCGGGCACCGGGGAAGAGCUUCUGAAAGAUGACCUCUCCGGAUGGAGAAUUGGGGGGUCCUUGUCCCCACAGAAAUUUCUGGUUCCUGGGGAUUCCCCAGUUUCUCUUCAGACACUGACUUUCUGCUGGGUCAGCAAACCUGAGGAAGAGGAGGGGGAAGAAGAAGAGGAGGAGGAAGAGGAGGAGGAGGAAGAUGACUGGGGAUCAGAACCCAGGGACAGCAGCACCAGCUGCUGGGGCACUUCAAGCCUGCGGAGGACUGAGGUCAGGGCUGGGAUGCUGGGAGAUUACAUGGCCAGGUGAGCUAGCCCCAGUGCUCCACUCACGCCAUCUUCACUGCACUUUCCAGGGACCAGAGACACCUCCAAGACUCACAAGUCAUGUCCCUUCCUGAGCCGGCCAAGGUCCUGGCCAUUCUUUGUGGAUCACUCAGAGGCUCUUGGCCACUGGAGUGAGCUGUAAGAUGUCAGCAUUUCCAAUGACCCACCUGCUGUAGGUGACCUGCGAAAGGGAUGGCGCUGUGGUCAGAGACAUGUUGAGUUCCAGUCUGCCCACAUUGUCCCUGGGAUGACAGACCUGGUGGAAAAUCACCCUUUGGACCAAAUGAAACAGGUGAAGCCAGGUAGUUGUGGACACCAAGGGCAGACACGCCCUAGUCCAUAAGUCAUGCGUAGCGCUGCGCAAAACAGACCUGGGUCCAAAUCCCAGCUCUGCGGUUUGCCAGUAGUAACCUCAGCAAGCCACUCUUAAUCUCUAUGCCUCCUCUGCUGCUGUCACGUGGGCAUGGUAAAGAUUCAGGGAGUUUUGGGGGCCACCAAUGUCAUCUGUACUGUCCAUGCAUUAGAAUCCUCCAUCUGUCCAGACUCCUGGGAGACCCCUACCUUCCAACCUGACUACCCCCUAGGUCACCCCAUUUCUUCCUUGCCACCCUUAUACCUUCUCAUCAAGGUCCCCCCUGAAACCAGAACCCAAUCAACUUUGUUUCUUUUUCAAAC